UGUUCGCACAGUUGCGCGAACUCCCUGUGAUGAUGUGCUUUCUUACCGUAGAAAUUGGAUUAGGAAGCCUUUAAGCAGGUACUUCUUCUUGCAUAAGCCUGCAUCGCCAACUAAUUGAUUUAUGCGGCCACUUUUUGUGUCGGCCGAAGCGAUCAGGAUGCGGCAAAGGAGUUAGUUGCGUGACGGACAACGGGGGGACUCACGCAAAUUUCUCGGCUAUCACCACACCCAGAGGAGUAAAGGAAGCUUGAGAGUACGGCGGUGAGGGUUGAUUGGGUAUCUGUGACGAGGUGUUCAGAACUAGGGUUUGCUUUUUUUUUUCUGUUUUCCUCAUUUCUCCGAAAGGCUGGAGCACUUUGUGGAUUGUACGGCGAACGCCUGUUGUGACUGUGGCACCACGGAGUCGUCGGAGUGACAAACUGGACGGCGGGUGUUCAGAGGAGUCCGCGAUCAUGAUGGCGUGUUGCAUUAGUGAAGAAGCGAAAGAACAGAGAAGAAUCAAUCAAGAGAUCGAGCGACAACUACGAAAGGAUAAGCGUGAUGCCCGGCGGGAGCUCAAGCUCCUGCUGCUCGGCACAGGCGAGUCAGGAAAAAGCACCUUCAUCAAGCAGAUGCGAAUUAUCCAUGGCCACGGCUAUAAUGAUGAGGACAAGAAGGGCUUCAUCAAGCUUGUUUAUCAAAAUAUUUUCAUGGCCAUGCAGAGCAUGGUCAAGGCAAGGGAAAUGCUGAAGAUCCCUUUCCGAGCUCCAGAGAACCAGGAAAAUGCAAACCUGGUGAUGUCUGUAGACUACGAAACAGUCACGACCUUUGAGAAGCCCUACGUGGAUGCUAUCAAGCAGCUUUGGGCUGAUGAUGGCAUCCAGGAGUGCUACGAUAGGCGCCGCGAGUACCAGCUGACAGAUUCUGCCAAAUACUACCUAACAGACGUGGACAGAAUAGCUGCCCCGAACUACCUUCCUACGCAACAAGACAUCCUCCGGGUACGAGUGCCCACUACAGGCAUUAUCGAAUACCCAUUUGACUUGGACUCCAUCAUUUUCAGAAUGGUGGAUGUUGGUGGCCAGCGAUCUGAGCGGAGGAAAUGGAUCCACUGUUUUGAGAAUGUGACGUCUAUUAUAUUCCUAGUAGCCUUAAGUGAAUACGACCAGAUCCUUUUUGAGUCUGACAAUGAGAACCGAAUGGAGGAGAGCAAAGCUUUGUUCAAGACCAUCAUCACAUAUCCCUGGUUCCAAAACUCGUCUGUUAUUCUAUUUCUAAACAAGAAGGACUUACUAGAAGAAAAAAUUAUGUAUUCUCAUUUAGUGGACUAUUUUCCGGAAUAUGAUGGACCAAAGAAAGAUGCCAUUCAUGCUAGGGAGUUCAUCCUUAAAAUGUUUGUGGACCUGAACCCGGACAGUGAAAAAAUCAUCUAUUCUCAUUUCACAUGUGCAACAGACACAGAGAACAUCCGGUUCGUGUUUGCCGCCGUAAAGGACACCAUCCUGCAGCUGAACUUGAAGGAGUACAACCUAGUGUAGGAACUGCCUGAAGUUGACCACAGGUUAUCCCCAGCCCACCCCUGGAGGCAGGUUGUCUUCUCCUCUCUCUCUCUCUGCCCCUUCUCGCAUCUUGCUCCCUCUCGACCGGCUUGCAAGAGGGAGAGAACAUCACAAGCUCGGUGAUGAUCGCUUGCCGCGAUAAACCGAUAGAGGCGACGUUCCCCCCUGCUUCCUCUGGUGGAGGCGACACAAUGCCAAGAGUGACGCCACUGUGGAUACUUUUCUGGCGCACAUAUGGACAACACACAUGCUUGUUUUCCUUUGAAGGAGGAGAGACCAUGUGAGACAGUCCUUCUCUCCUGCCCCUUCCCACGACAGGGGGGUUGCGACUCUUCUGACCCACUGCGUGGUGCCAUUUCUGGGGAGGAUGGAAGAGAUGCCUUCUUGUUGUUGCCACACACUCCUGGGCAGAUGCUUCUCCUUUUUCUUGGACUCGCACACACAGCCUGUACACUUGUUUUAGCCUCGCUGCCCUACAAAUUUUGUCUUUAUCAUGCUAUGCCCACCACACUCUGUUGCUGUUGUUUUGUCCCACUGAAAAUUUGUUACAGCAGCACUUGUGUGAUCUUUUUUUGUUUGUUUUUUAAUAUAACCUUUGUGAGCAGCUGCUGUUCAUGUCUAUUAGAUAAAAAAGCGUUACACAUGCUUAGGACAACCUUCUUGAGGGCUGCGGCCCUGAAUCCACUUAAUGACAUUUGUGCUCCUCCAUGUGUGUUGUCCCUGCACAUGCUGCCAGUUUUUUUUGUUUGUUUUAUUAAUCUGUUUUUAAAGGAGUGCCAAAAGGAAAGGUGUUGGGAUGUGUGCUGCCUGCCAGCUGCAAGGACUUUUGCCACGUUGGUCAGCAUAGCUGGAAGCAUGAGAUAAUAGUGUUGUCACACUGCACUGGCGAGGCAUUGAUGCUGCACAUCAGUGCUAGAGCCUAAUGGUUGUACAUUGGUACAAUGCACUCGCUGCAGAUUUGUAGACCUGCCUGCCCUUAACAAGCUCAAGUCAUGACAGGGGCAAACAAGUCCAUGCCCAUGGACUUUUGUGGCAGUCUUUUUGAAACCAAUCGCCAUGCUUCGUAUAUGCUAGUGGUUGGUGCACAUCUGUAUGUGAGUUCCUUUUUUACUGUUGCUUUCUCCUCGUGUCAUUCACAAGUGCCCACCUGUCUGCCAGUUUGCGAGUUUCUGUGCCCCUCUCCCUUCACUUUUUUUUUUAAUUUCCUGCAGGUUUUGUUUAAACUCUUACCUAGUCAGCGUUUUGUACAUAGGCAACAUGGCAGGUGGCAGUGUGUGUCAUUGCGAGUUCUGGAACAGCUGUGGGUCCAAUUCUGCACUCCUUGGCAAGCACACCAUUCUGUCAGUGACUAAACGCAACCAGUGGGAAUGUGUGUUGUGCAAGUGCUUAGGGGGGAGAGGGGAAACAACUUGUGAGACAGGCUCUGCGAGAAGGUGCCUGCAGUGCCACAGUAGGCCUCAUAGCUGAGACCUGGCAGCAGUAUUGUGGACGCGCAGCUCUGGCUUGGUUUCCUUUUUUGGCCAUUGUGCGUCUCCUUGGAAUGAGUGUGCUGUGCCUGCUAUUCUCGGCAUGCUUCUGUCUUGAAUGUGUGCAUGUGUGUUUUAGAUAUUGGGCAAACAAACUACCAAGUACAGUUCUCCAGGCAAAGGUGCAGUUGGAGGACAACCCCCUUUUAGGCUGCUGAAGUAUGACUAUGCUUUCUUCUUUCACUCUUUUUUUCCACAACUUUAGGUGAACCCAUUUAGAAUCAAUUGCCAAUCAAUUGCUGUGUUCAUAAGAGCGGGAGUUUGGCCGUAUUAUAGAUGGGGCCUUGCCAAAAUCCGCUGUGUAACGCACAGUAUUGGUUUUUACCUUUUCGUCAAAGUCGCUGGUGGUUAUGCUUGUUUUUAGCCUUUGUAUCAGCUGGCAGCCCCCUGAUGACUGACAUUUACAAUAAUGUAUUGAACGUUGAGUAUUGCUGUGUUAGUUGGUCAUUUCCUACAACACCUUUCAUCCUCUGAAGAGUCUUCAUGUGGAUCACCAACACACAACUGUCCACUGUAUUUUAUGUAUGUGUGUCUUUCCAAUCAUGUUUCUUUCUUUAUUAUUUGUUUAUUCCGGCAAACCUACAUUUCGAGAGCAGCCUAGGAGUCUUCAGGGUACAGACCCUUUCUUUGAGAUGUUUAAUUCACCAAGGCAGGGGCUGGUACAUAAUUAUACUGCCACAUUGAUAAUACACCGGGAUGUGAGUGAGUGCGAGGAAAACACUAGUCCUCCUGUUUGGUUGGGAGUUGUGCUGACUUGGAAGCGUGUCGGUGUUCACAGACUGCUUGCCACGUGGGUCGAGAGGCUUUCCUCAAGAAGCUCUUUUCAUUGUCGCCAUCCCAAAGUGUUUGUGGUGCGACGUUUCGUCCUGACGGAAGCAACAAACCAAACACUGGUGUCUCACUUAUUCUCGCAGACUUCCUUCUGAGUGAGCGAAUGGGUGUGUAGUUUUCAGCUACAACAGGUGUAGUGCGCCCUCAAUGAGAGGGUGACAUGCUCUCCCCUGGUUACUGCGCCCUCCCUCUCUGAACCCCAGCCCCCUUCUCUACUUUUUUUCACAAUGCCUUGCUGCUGCUGUUGCCGCUGCUGUUGCUGGAAGUAUGCGUGUAAGACUGUGAGAAGACAACAGCAGCAGAAGAAGAAAAAAAAAAUGGGGGUGUGUGCUGAUGUUUUUUAUAAGCUUGCGCAUGCGCGCAUUGUGCGACUGUGGUGUGUGUCUGGUUUGACAGGUAAAAAAAAAAAAAAAAAGAUGUGGAAGUGAGCUUUUUGAAGUCUGAGAGCGUGCAAGAGAGGACAAAAUGUGUAUCUUAGUAUGGUGUGUAUGUCAGGCCUAUCUUUUUUUAUAUAUAUAUAAGGAAAAAAAAAACGCUAGUUAUUUAAAAGAGGACAGUGUGUAAAGAGUAUGAUUAGUGUUUUAUAGAGCGAUGCAUAUGGUCCCCUUCUUAAGCCCCUUUCCACUGUCAUUCCCGAAGUGCUUGUUCCUCCUUGGCCCUCCAUUCUCUUCACAGCCUGCCCCCACCUUCCCCAUUGUGUGCGUUUAAUCUCUGUCCCAACCUUUCUCCUCCAAUUUCCCCGUGUUGUGUUGUCUUGUUGCAGUUAACGGUGGAUUUCCUCUCGUGUGUGGUCCCUGCUUUUGGCUCAUCCCUCCACCCUUAAUCACCACCACAAUCCCCUUUUCGGUGACCUAUUCGAUGAAACAAGAAAAAAAAAAACAUACUUGGUACCUGAUUCUUGUCACAUAAGGCAGGAGGACAGAGUUUUUUUCAAAGCGCUGGACUUCGCUUUCAUACAUGCAUGGUGCAGGAGUUGAACUUGGUAGUUGUACUUUUUCCGGGGGCACACCAAUGACGUUCCGACGACUUCUGGGCGGGGGGCUAGGCUGAGAGGAGAAUAGUGUGCGCGCGUUCGGCCAUUUCUCCGGAAUUUCUUCCUUCCUUUUUUCGCAGUUUGCUCGACAUUCUCUCACCACUUUUCUCUGUGCUUUUCAGCCCUUCUCUUAGGCUCACAGAAAAAAAAAAGGAGGGAGGGGGGAUCGGAGCAUCCACUGCUCGCGGCCUACUGUCUCUUGUUUUUUUGCAAUGUAGAACAAAACCUAAUCAUUUCUUCUCUAUUAUUAUUAUUAUUAUUGCUCCUGUGUUUUGUACAGUAUUGUUCGGAGCAUCGUUUAUAGUUGAGAGAAAGAUAUAUAUAUAUAUAUAUAUUAGUUUCGUAGGAUACUUGCCUGUUGUGUUUUAACAGUGCAUUUUUUUUUGCCCCUGUCCAAUGCCUUGCCAAACUAUUUUGGGGGUUCUGCUGAGUGCGGAAGUCAAGCUGAUGUUUCUUCAGCUACUUUACGCUUGUUGCAAAGUAUGUGUUUUCGCCUUGGGGGCCUUGUUGUGUGAAGGCUGGAAGAGGCGACUUGUUUGUUUCUUGUCAUGCAUUUUUUUCUUUGUCAUGUUGAUUGUUGGCUUUUUCUUUUUUUUUGAGCUGCACACACAUGAAAUUUCUUUUGUUGAUCGUGCGUGGCGCGCUGCGCGGCUGUACGGACUUUCAUUAUAAUGUAUAUGGCGCUUCCUCGAUGAUGAGACAUGCUGCAUCUCCAGGAAAACUGCAGUGCGUGUGACCAUUGUGCAGAAGAUAGCAGCACCAGACAGAACAGGAACGGACUCCCACCUAGUACGGGACAAGGUGUGCGUGUAUUGUGUGUGUGCAUGUAUAUAUUAUACAUACAUAAAAUAUAUAAAUAUAUAUAAAUGAUACGAGCUCUUGAGGAAAACAAAAUGCUUUGUCAGGUCAUUCAGAGUGGGCUCUGAGACACACACACUUUGAGGACUUUACCUUUAUAUGGAUGUGUAAAUUUGUAAUAUUCAAAUUAAUGCAACCGUUGGGUAAAGUAUUGAAUAAAUUCUCUUAAAUUCUCGUUUGAAAAUGA